AUCUCAGCAGCCAUUGAACGCCGCAACCAUGCUGCCACUCCGCUGCGCUCGGUCGUCAGCGGCGCUGUCGGCCCAAUUGCCCAUGAAGCGCGUAGCCAACUUCUCCACCUCCGUUUGCCGGCAGCAGCUCAACUCGGAUGUCAGGAUAACCAGGACUGGCAAGCCCAUUCUGACUGUUUCCGGUGGACGAUCCUCGCUCGGAGGAUACACGGCGACCGUCUUUGGAGCCACUGGGUUCUUGGGCCGAUACCUUGUGAACAGACUGGCUCGUUCGGGAUGCACCGUCAUCGUGCCUUUCCGGGAGGAUAUGGCCAAGCGUCACUUGAAGGUUACUGGAGAUCUGGGCAGGAUCAUCUUCAUCGAAAUGGAUCUCCGAAACACGGCGUCUAUUGAGGAGAGCGUGCGACACUCUGACAUUGUCUACAAUCUUAUUGGCCGCGAUUACCCCACCAAGAACUUUAGCCUGGAGGAUGUACACGUCCAUGGAACUGAGCGUAUCGUGGAUGCUGUUGCCAAGUACGAUAUUGACCGAUUCGUCCAAGUCUCGUCGCACAGCGCGCAACUCAACUCGCCAUCCGAGUUCUACCGCACCAAGGCUAGGGGUGAGCAGGUAGCGCGGUCCAUCUACCCCGAGACGACCAUUGUCCGCCCUGCGCCCAUGUUUGGAUACGAGGACCGCCUUCUCCACCGUCUUGCUUCGCCUACGAACAUCAUCACGGCCAACCAUCUGCAGGAGCGUAUCCGUCCCGUGCACGUCAUCGACGUUGGCAUGGCGCUUGAGCGUAUGCUCCACGACGACACGACGGCAGCCGAGACGUAUGAACUGUACGGCCCCACCGAGUACUCAAUGGCCGAGCUCAACGAGCUUGUGGAGAAGGAGACAAUGAAGCCGCGUCGCCAUGUCAAUGUGCCCAAGCGGCUGCUCAAGCCCCUUGCGUACUACGCAAACAAACUGCUCUGGUGGCCGAUCCACUCAGCCGACGAGGUUGAGCGGGAAUUCAUUGACCAAGUGGUGGACAAGCACGCCAAGACGUUCAAGGACUUGGAGAUUGAGCCGGCGGAGCUGAAGAGCUUGACGUUUGAGUACCUCAAGGGAUACCGCAGCUCGAGUUACUACGACCUCCCGCCGAUGAGCGAGAAGGAGAAGAGGGAAGAGAAGAAGUACCUGCACGUCAUUGACGACCAAUAGAGAAGCAAGCUUUGUAAAUAGAUGAGCUCAUGUAUCGCUCUAUGGUCUGUAGCAUCAAGACGAUUUC